AUGCCAACCAGAAAGAGGUUAUUCCCACAUCGUCAGCCACAAUUGAGGCGCGGUCGUCGUAUACCAUACAGCCCCGGUCGACAGUACCUCGCUUCUCCAAUUCCAGGUCCAUCUCAUUUUGGCAUUUGCGCUCCUCUUCUGUCAGAAAUACGAGUCAAACCAACAUUACCUAUUCGUAUUACUCGUAUACGGAAAACCGACCGCGUAUUUCCCUUCAUCAUUCGUGUGCUGUUCAUCAUCCUCUGUUGGUUUCGGUAUGUACUCGCCCCUUCCAAUCUCACCUUGCCCAUAUUCAAUGUCUCUCACCUCCGAAACUCAGUUUCGGCUGUGACUUUGUACUACCACCCUAAAACGCGCCCCCAUCUCGAACAACAACCUCACUACUUUUCAGCCCCAAAUGACCUCCCCCUCCCCCGUCAUCUAAUUCGGUUUUGUUUCGAAACAUGCAGCCUCCCAUCGAUCCAUCAAUCCCUCCCCUCGCUCCUCACGGCUCCCACGGUCGAUGAAAGUAUGCUUAUGCCACUUAAACACGGACGCCUCAAAUCCGCCAUCAGAUCCCCCAGGGCGGUUCAAAAACGCAUUGUAGAUGAUUCUGGUCGUGAAAUAGGGGUGAGGUGCCACCAUCGACGCCUCCUUCCUUGGAAGCCCCGUCCACCGAGGAACGCGUCCGAUCAAGAAGACACCAAGGCUCCUAGCGCUGCCAGUCCGCUCCGAAAAGAAUCCUGCAUACCAAACUAUUUUGCGCAUGACGCCAGUCCGCCCGGCUUGAUUGAGCCUCAUCUCAAACCUCCGAUCAACAAUACUAGGAAAAGGGGAACGAUCUACUAUCCCCCAUUGCUAAGAAAGUUCACUCAACCGACCUCCCUCUUAACUACCAACUGCAACUUACGGCGAAAAAGGGGACAUGGAACAAUGGACUUUACCAUCGUCAACUCCGUCGGGGGAGUCGGCGUACAUGAUAAUCAGAUCAUAUUACCCACCUUCGAAAUCCGCUCUCUCCUUCUGCUCAAAAUUUCCCUUGCGGCCAAAUCACCAAUGACAUCAACCCACCACCUACACACCCACAUACACACAUACAUUGGAGGCUACCGUCUACGAGAUUUCCAUCAGAGGCUCAGAGCACAAAACCCACCCCACAUCGAAAAGUUGCGAUCGACGGCGCCUUGCUUCCGCCCAUCCCCCCCCUCCCCGGCCGUGACCUAUCCGUACCUCUUCCGACCCUCCAUCUUCUUCCCUCUCUCUACCACACUACAAGUAGGUGCGAAGUACACAACUCCAAGUUUUCAGGUUUCCUCACAACGCACAAACAAAAUCCUUGCAACAGCAAGGCUCUACGCGAACAAUCAUAAGCAGUAA